AUGUCGUUGACCACGAGGCCUGGAGUUCUGAGCCCAUCACAUAUCGACGGUAUCUUUUGCGAUCUCAAGCCGAUUCAGCCUGAGGAAUUGAUGGGGAAAUGGAACGGUUUUGUCUUAAGCACAGGGCAUCCGUUUGAAACCGAGCUUCAGAAAUUCAACUGGUUCGGCCAUACCUUUGAUUCUACUGAAGAUGUUGCCCCUCUCGUUGUUUCUAGAAAUGGAAAGCGGGUUCAAUAUGAAGAAUGGGGACGUGCUUCGCUACACGAGGUGAAAUACCAGGGUGCCGUCUCUGCUGCACUGAUCUAUGAUGACCAUCCUGUCAUAGUGUACUAUCGCGCCGUGCGACCAAAUAUCGUGGCCGGGAUUAUGGCAAGCAAAAAGUUCGGCCGAUCUGGGAAGUUUCAUUUCUACCUCAAACGUAAAUAG